GUCUUCUUGUGCACAUUGAUUUAUAGAGAGAAAAAAAAGCAGCAGUAGCUCUUUGGCUACGGUUUUUUUGUAAAAGAAAACGGUAAUCACCCACUAAUGCCAGGCUGAUCUGCUUGCCUGCGCCAGGCUCCAUCCAGGCACACGCGCAACAUCGAUGCUCAGGAGCCAGGACAAGUCAAAGGCAGCGCUCCGGCCAGGCAACUGUCUGUUGGCAACCGGGGCAUGGUGUACACGUGGAAGGGAGGGGGAGCGCUUCAUUAACUAUUCCGGUAGUGGCGGGUCCCACACUCCACUCUCCGCUCCACAUUCCACUCCCCACUCUGCCUCCCCGCCGUUGAGCUAGGCUGCUUCUUUCGGUUCUUCCCCGCCGCGGCUGCCGUACGGUCCGUUUCCACGGAGAUGGAUGGGAGCGGCGGCAUCCCGCUGACCCAACCGCCUCCCGCCAAGGAGGCCGACGAGGCCGCAGCGGCACUGGCCCUCACCAAGCGUGCCCGCAAGAGGAGCAGGUACCUCUCCCCUCCCUACACCGACACUGAUGUCCAGGAGGGGGGUGUCGCCGGGGAGGAGGAGGAGCCGCCCGAUGUCUCCGCCGCGGCGGCGCUGUCCGCUCUCCUAGACGCCGCGCUUUGGCAUGGGCAUGGGGUGGAUCCGGCGGCCCUCCGUUUCCUGGCGCUGCACAGGAGCAGGAAUAGGACCACCGCCACCGGGACCUUCGACAAUCACCCCGGUCCCCGUGCCGCCGCCGCCGCCGGCAGCUCACACGACGGUGGUACCAAGAAGCACUCAUCACCUGGUGGUGGUGGUGGUGGUGGUGUCGGCCACACGAAGCUCAACCUCAGCGCAGGCCCUGCCAUGCCCGGGCCUGUUGACGGAUCCCCUGCCCUGGCCAAGAAGAAGAAGAAUCCCAACGCAGAUGGCCCAAUGCAGGAUGCUGCAGCAACGGUACAAGCACAAGCUGCUGGUGAGCACACUUGGGCAUCCCAAUCGGCCAGUUUUGCUGCCAAUGGAACCUACGGCGCCGCCAAUCCUGCGCCGACGCCGGAGAGGAGGAAGAAGACGAAGUACAAGAAAAGGGCGAAGAGCGCCGGGCCGGAGCAGCAGCACUUCGGGAACCCCGUGGCGCUCGUCCUCGACUACGCGGCGGGGGCUCCUCUCCCCUCCAGAGAGCACCUCGUCUCCACGUUCCGCCGGUUCGGCCUCGUGAUCGACUCCGAGACCGCCGUCGCCCAGGACAAGCGCAGCGCGCGCGUGGCGUUCGCCACCAGGGCCGAGGCGGAGGCCGCCUUCAGCUGCGCGGGAGCCCUCGGCGCCGCGUUCGCGCCUCCGUCCGCGGUGCCGAGCCUCCAGGACCUCCCUCCCAUCGCUCGCGGCGCGCCGCCUCCGCCUCUCCCGAAGCUCCCGCUCACGGACAUCAGGAGUAACCUUGAGAUGAUGAUCGCGUCGUUGAAGGCUACGGCGGAGGCAGCGGCGAACUCGCCCGAUAACCUUGUGGGAGAAAUGCAGGGUCUUCUGGCCAAGGUUGACAAGAAGCUGCAGGGUCGUUCUGCUACCGCUGCUCAUCACCAUUAAGCUCAGCAGCCCAGCAAGUCAGCACCCAGCCUCUCCAGCAGAAUAGUUCUUUCUAGCUGCUGACCGUCAGUCUUUUGUAGUUGUAGCAUGGAUCCUAAGAUCCGUUUCAGCAGCUGUAAUCCUAGUUUCUCAUCUCAUGUAGUCCUGUAAAUGGCUGAUCCUGCUCCAUGUAGUGGUACUUUGUAGCAGAUUAUGCUCUAUAUGAAGUAUCAUUUAUCAUGCAUCGUCA